CCAGUGAAAAGUCAAAUACAAUUUGUAAAUAAACAAAUGUGAAAACUUUAAUAAUAUUAUUUGUUAUCCAUGAAAACAUACAUGUAAAGUGAGAAAAUAUAUAUGUAAAAUGCAAGUUAGCACAAAUAACUAUUAUGAGGAGUGCGGACGUGAGGGCCAAAUACGCUGUAUAUUCCUAAGCGAAUUCCAUGCAACAGCUGGUUGUAAAAUUAGCUGUCAGGUACCCGCCGAUUAUGUUAGCAAAGAAGUUUUCGAUGCCAUAAAUGUAUAUAUAAUACCAAAGCCGCAUUUGCAACGUUGCAUACUCACUGUCAAUGCGAUGGACAUAAAAAUUGUUGGCUAUCCUGUGGGUAUUGAAAAUCAACAGAAAUAUGCACGCAAUGCGUUUCUCUUCAAUUUAUGCUUUGUGUGUGACUCCUGGGCACGUUCGGUGCAAUACGAACCAGUGGUCAAAAAGUUGUCGGAGUAUCUGAUAAUGAUGGAGGAAGAAUCAUGCUUUUUAUCGAAAGAAGGUGAUCACAAGUUAAAAUUGCAAAAAAUAUUUGAGACGGUUAUAAAGGAUUUGAAUGAAAAGAAAGUAACAACAAUUGUGGAGGGUGAUACCACAAUUUAUCUUAAAAUUGUUAUACACAAACCUGAUCCGCCUGUCGUUAAAGAUCAUAUGGUGCCUCUACUUUUAAAGGAUUUUAAGAAUACACCACUAGACAAAUGGGAUUUAACAACACAACAGAUACUCCCAUAUAUUAAUGGCAUCAAUCACAUUGCACGUAUUUCAGCCGAAGCGGAUGUUGAAACCAAUCUCGUCAAGUCUUGUGUACAAAAUUUAGCUUACUAUGGCGUAGUACACUUACUGCCCAUACUAAAAUAUAGCAAUGUCUAUAUGUGUACACAACAUUUGAAAAGUUUAAUUAAAAUACCAUCACUGAGCCACGCGUGCCGUAAAUAUGUGGCUUUAAAUCCGGACAAAACGCUGCCCUCCAUACAGAAAGUGUUCCAAUUUUACGCAUCCAUGACGCAUGGCGUUACACUGCGCGCUAUUUGUCAACGUUUAUGUCCACAAAAUUACAAUAUCGAUGAGCGGAAAUUAGUUAUAUUUGGUUUGCAGCAUAAGUUUAUACGUUGCAUACAUAAAUAUCCCGUUUUUACGGGCUCUGUACCAUCGGGUCGGCAAAAGAUGUAUACGGGACUAUCGAGUUUUGAUGAAAUAUGCUGUAAGACUGGUCUAUCGCCAUCGGAUAUUGAAAAGGACAUUGACAAGGAUACCAAUGUGACGGUGAUAUGGAAGUGAAGGAGGGUAGUGGCAGUGUAUGCUGUUGGGGGAAAAUUUGUGUUGCGUUCAAAUGUGAAAUAUUUAACUUAGUUUAAAGUUUUAUAAUAAAAGUUAUAUGAAUAUAUAAAAUUUAGCUUAUA